AUGACGCUGCACCUUGACGCGGUGCCGAGGCUUUGGGCCACGAGAACUCCGCAGCGGGGCACUGCCGCGGGCGCGACGGAGACCAAGACGGACUCACCCCUCGAGAAGGUUCCACGCCGUGCCUGGCGUGGGGAGGUGGAGCGGUCUGCGUGCAGGCCGGCCGACAAAACCGCACGACCGAUCCGUUUCGGUCACUCCGUCGACAUCACCCGCUGCGGGGAUGUCCGCGUAAGAACCCGGGCCCCGGUGAGGACGGCUCCGUUGUCGCCUGGCAGCCGAACAUCGCGGGCCUUUCGCCUGUCAAAAACAUCGCACUAG